UCAGUCUUGGUCUUUGCCACUGGUGGGGGUCUUGGAGCGGGGAGGGGUGCAGAGUGCGUGUGACUGGGGGUGCAGCCCAGGUGGCAGCUGGGCUGGGAUGGGAAGGCUCAGGGUCCCCUGGCCCCACAGCCAGCAGGAAGCCCCCCAUGGGAGCCGAGAGCAGGGGGUCUGCCCAGGGGUCUCCAGGUCCACGCUGCCCUCCCCCUCACGAGAGCACCAAGUAGUGUCUCCUUGCUGCCAAACGUCAGCUCUUGGGUGGGCCCUAGGGACACCAGCAAGCCUGCCCCUGUGCCACCUCUGUGCCUUGCUCCCUGUCGGGCCUCCAAGACCAUGCGGUCCCCAGAGGGCAGCCUCUCAGAGUGGAGAGACCCCAAGUGCCCGCUGAGCUGGCCACGUGCACCUCGGGCCCUGUCUGUCCCACAGUUGGGUGUCUCGGCACCAGGCAGUGCCCAGGGCUGUGGGCACCCCACGUCCCCGGCAUUGCUGCUCCUGCCACCCGAGGACCCCUACCCAUACCCAGCCGGAAAGCUGACCAGGCCUCACCAAGGACACUGUGCCCCGAGGUCGUGGGCACAGGACCACUCUGUCCCCACCCCCACAGACCUCCCUCAGGCACGGUCAGUCCUACACAGCCACCUCCGGGGACUCGGGGACAGGGCAGAUGUGGCCUGAGGCAGCAGGUGGGCAGGAAGCGGCGCGUCUCCCACGUGCCGCCUGCUGCCGGGUGGAGGAGCUCGCGGCUCCAGGCCGGGGCCCCCACUCGUGCACCCCCACGUCACCGUCACCGCCUGCGGCCGCAGACCAGCCCCAGCCCCAGACUCUGAGCGCACGGGGCUGGGUGGAGUCGUCGGAAGUGGCUUCGUCCCCCUCUGUGACCCCGACGUUCCCGGAACACCAGGGCCUACGGGAGCUGGACGCCGCCUCCCAGGGACCCCUGCUGAACGGUUCCCAAGUGACGCUGCCCCCAGGACGCUGGACCACGUCUGGGGCUUUGUGGCUGCACACAGACCAGGCCGAUGGAACAGUGGACGGAGCGAGCAGAGGCCUCCCCUUGGGAGCGGGAGGAGCUGGCACUGGCGCUGAGGCGGCUGUAAUAACAGCGUGUCGGCCUGUGUUGUCGUGUUUGCGUCUCUGCCGCUGAAGUUAUUAGUGCGGGCGGGGCGGGGCGGCUCCCGACGCUGCAGCUCGGGCCCAGGAAAGCGGGUGGCACCUUUGGACCUGCCCUGCCUCCCGCUGUCCCAGCCGCCGCCCCUGCCCUGCCUGGGCCCAGUCUUGAGUGGCCUCUGGGACAAGACCAGGAACCCCCAUUGUCCCCAAGGACCCAGGCUCUACCCCCGCAAUGCCUCCUGGCCGUCCCACCCCUCCCGUGCAGGUGGGGGCCCUUCAGGAUGGCCACUGGAGGGCAUAGGGACACGUCACCCCUCCACCUCCAUCCCUGCCCCUCCAGGCUUCUGCAAGCUGCACCUGUAGCCCCUUGAGACAGGGACACAGCUGACCUCUGCCAAGGGCGAAGUGACCCGGUUGGGGAGAAUCAGGGGCAGAGCCUGCUUCCCAAGGGCUGCCUGCGAAGCACAGCGGUGGCUGCUGGGGCCAGCUUCCUCCUAAAGAGAUGUGACCAGGUUGGCCAGGGGCCCUCUCUGGAAGGACCUGCUGGACUUCAUCCCGACUCCUUCAGACCCAGCUAGACUGGCCAGAUGAGAUGAGCCCCAGAACAGGGACCGUUGCCCUUGGCACUGGGACCUCUGGGUCCAGCAGCACCCCUGGCUCUGGGCGGUGCCUGAGGUUGCAUGUCCACCAGUUCCCAGGAGGCACCAGCACAGCCGAGGCAGAGGGACCUGUCCCCCUACUCUAGGUCCUCCACUGUGGCAUCCUGGCAGGGUAGGGUGCUGAGCAGCGCCCUGCCACCACCCACUCCACACAGGAACUCCUCAGACGUGGCCUGGAGUCCCUGGGAGGACAGGAUGAACCUGGGUCGGUCUGGGGUUCUAGCAGCCGCCCCAUCCCCCACGUGGUGCGGGGAAGAUGCCCGAGCAAAGCAACGACUACCGGGUGGUGGUGUUCGGCGCGGGCGGCGUGGGCAAGAGCUCGCUGGUGCUGCGCUUCGUGAAGGGCACGUUCCGCGACACGUACAUCCCCACCAUCGAGGACACCUACCGGCAGGUGAUCAGCUGUGACAAGAGCGUCUGCACGCUGCAGAUCACGGACACCACCGGCAGCCACCAGUUCCCGGCCAUGCAGCGCCUGUCCAUCUCCAAGGGCCACGCCUUCAUCCUGGUGUUCUCCGUCACCAGCAAGCAGUCGCUGGAGGAGCUAGGGCCCAUCUACCAGCUCAUCCUGCAGAUCAAGGGCAGCGUGGAGGACAUCCCCGUCAUGCUGGUGGGGAACAAGUGUGACGAGACGCAGCGGGAGGUGGACACCCGCGAGGCCCAGGCGCUGGCCCAGCAGUGGAAGUGCGCCUUCAUGGAGACGUCGGCCAAGAUGAACUACAACGUGAAGGAGCUCUUCCAGGAGCUGCUGACGCUGGAGACGCGCCGCAGCAUGAGCCUGAGCAUCGACGGCAAGCGCUCCGGCAGGCAGAAGAGGACAGACCGGGUCAAGGGCAAGUGCACCCUCAUGUGAGCCGGUGCCGCCCUCGCCAGCCCCGCCGCGCCGCUCCCCUCCUCCCCUCCUCCCCUCCUGCUCCUCCUGCUCCUCUUCCUCCUCCCCUCCUCCCCUCCUCCCCUCCUGCUCCUCCUGCUCCUCCUGCUCCUCUUCCUCCUCUUCCUCCUCCCCUCC